GAGAGGGACAAUCCCUGAUCCUCUUCCUCUACGCUGCCUCGUUCUUCAUCAGCCUGCCCGGGAACUGUCUGUCCAUCUACGUGGCGUGCCUCCAUGUGAAACGCGACAACGAGAUUGGUGUUUACCUCCUGAACUUGAGUUCCAUGGACAUCCUGUACACAAUCACGAUCCCUUUCUGGUUCUAUGAUUGCCUUAACCAGAGCAGCGACGUGCUCCUGUACAACGUGCUAAUAGUGCUGACUUACAGUUCCAUGUACCUGAGCCCUGCCUUCCUCUGCUGCAUUGCCGCGGAUCGUUACCUGGCCAUUGUCUACCCACUCAGGUUUUAUGAGCUGCGGACAAUACGGGCAGCUGUGGUGGUAUGUGCCAUCUGCUGGGUCACCCAGUUAACCUGCCACGCUCUGUUGCUCCACAGGCUAGCUCUGUUUUCCAACUUCAGUUCCUCGGUGUAUAAAGAGCCGCCCCCGAUGAAUGCCGCCCUGUUCACCGAGAACAUCACCCGCAUUGUGUUUGGUUUCUUCUUCCCCCUAUCCAUCUUCCUCUUUAGUUCCCAACGUAUCUACAGGAUGGUGGCAAACAGCACUUCUGUCGAGGACAAGGAGAAAAGGAAAUUGGCAAGGCUCCUUUUACUAUUGCUUCUAGUCUACAUUAUCAGCUUUGGUCCGUACCAUGUCACCUUGCUUGCCCGCAGCCUUGCGGAACCAGGCAACUGCCGCUUUGCCCAGAGUAUUUACCCCUUUUAUAAAGUCUUCUUUGCUCUGACUGGCAUGAACUGUGCCGCUGACCCCAUCCUCUACUGCUGGCUGAAUGACACAGCCAGGUAUGACAUUCUUCAGCUACAUGUGUCUGCGAGAAACAGGCUACUGAGACUGUGCAGUUGGUUGAGGUGUCAGAAAGGUUACCCCAAGGAGUCACCAGGACUUUCUCUUUGA